AUGUGGUAUGACAGGCCGCUGAAGGGCUUACAGGGCUCCUCGACGUCGUCACCGUCUCUACUUAUCGACCAUGGCUUGAGCUCCUCAGUGAUGGAGCCUGGGGAUGGGGCCUCAGAGGGUAGCUCCCCAAACUCGCAAUCGGAUCAGUUUCCCUUCUUGAGGCCGUUCAUCCACAAGCCUACAAGCAAUCAAAUAGAUUUUUGGGUGCGAGACGUGGAGCUGAUGCAUCACUGGACCAUCGACACUUACGGCGAAUUGUCGCAACGUGAGGACAUGCGAUACACUUGGAGGGUUGAUGCUCCAAAACACUCUGUCACCCACACAUUCCUGAUGCAUGAGAUCCUUGCGCUCGCGGCUUUUCAUAAAGCAUCACAGAUUCCUGACCUGCGCAAGGAGUAUUAUACCUUGGCUAUCCAUCAUCAGGAUCUUGCCAUCAAAGGAAUGCGACCGAAACUUCAAGAUAUCGUUCCGGGUGAGGUACCCGCUAUCGUUGCCACCUCGACGCUCCUCACCCUAGGGGUUUUCGCCUCAACUGGAUUCGAGGCAAGCUGUGCAGACAUACCCUCGCCCCCGUCCGCCAUUGAUGGUAUAUUGGAUAUAUUCUCGCUUAUGCAAGGCAUGGGCAACGUGCUGGCACUUGCGCACGUCCAUGUGUUGGAUUCAUUCCUUGGCCCAAUGUUUCGCGACCCACUGGAAUCUACUCCGUCGCAACCGUUGCUCCAGGAACUUAUACAGCGUAUCUCGAAUUUGGUCUCGUUCAUCGAAACUAAGCCCGAGUUGUCCGAACAAGAGCGUUCUGGAUACCUAGGCGUCAUCGCUCACUUCGAGCCUGUGCUAAAGCUAGCGAGCCCUCCCCGGGUAGACAACCGGGAAUUGCGGUUUCUAUUCUUCUGGCCACUUCACCUUGAUGGCAACUUUCUUGCAGCUGUUCGACAGAGACACUCAGGAGCACUCGUAAUACUGAUGUACUACGCUACCAUGCUGUUCGCAGCUGAGCCUCGUUACUGGUUCAUGGACGGGUGGGGCUAUCGGCUGAUGAAGGCUUGUCAUGAUGUUGUCGACAAGAGCUGGUUGCCAGCCACAAAGUGGCCACUGGCCUUUUUGGACACGGGCCCCACUUACAGCCUCUUCGCAAACAUUGGUCGAUCUCCUGAAGGAGUCCAACAGGGACAGAGGCCGCUCAUUCUGCCAUAUACACAGCAACCACCGCAGACAGUCCCUUUCCGCCAAUAUUCUGAGCCUCCUUCGCGAUUGUCCAAACGAGAAUGUAUAUCAGCACCAAGUGCUGGGCCGUAUCCACAUCUCACUGGCCAAAUGCCAGCCUCAUACGCGACUCACAUGACGAGCGCAUCGAACGUGCCUCCAAUGCCUGAAGCAGUGCGGAACCAGAGCAAGCAUACCGAUUACAGCGAGCACGCAUCCAAUCAGCCGACAGAUCGCACACACGGACAAAGCGGCACCGGGACGAUACAAUACAUACAAAAGCGUAAAAACCAAUGA